ACUGAGCGCUUAUCAGAGGCUCGGCUCAAGGUUGGCAGAAAAAAUGUUGGGUGCAGGAGAGAGAGGUGAUAGUAUUCGGUUAAGAUCUUGGCCCCAGUCCAACACAGCCCUGUGCUAUUUGGUCUGAAGUAUUCCCUGCGAUUCCAAAAAAAGGUUAAAAUUGUCAAUAAAAUUCAUCCCAACUGAAAAGCAUGUUUUUGCGAGCCAGAUGUUUAAACUGAGUAGUCUGGAAAAUACAAAGCUUCCCUCUGCUGGGAGUGGGCCACUGAUGAAAAUUUGUAUUCCAACCUCAUAUAGGGCUGAGAAAAGUUCCUUGAAAUCUUCUUUGACAUACAGCUGUUCUCUGUAGAUGUCAUUUGCUCCAACAUGCACAAUGAUGCGCUUGAUAGUUGCAUAUUUUGACACCAGUUCUGCAAGCUUGUUUUUUGUGUCAGACACAAAGCAUUUGGGAAACAACAUACAAUCAUCCUCUCCCCAUUUAUAUGUCUCACACUAGAGUCGCCUAGAACAAGGGUUGUGGGAUGAAUAGGUGUCGAGUGCUGCUUCUUGUCUGUGCCCAUCUUUCUAUUGUUGUGGUUUGAUCGCUGCCUGCUUUGGGUCUGUUCCCUGGGAAAUUCCUCUCUCACGUCCCGGAGGCAUUCAAAUCUGUUCCAUAGUGUUAGGGGCUGUGGGCUUCCCUUUAGGACCACAAGCCCUGUAGUAGUUUGUUGAUCUGUCUGUAUUUCUGAUACGAGGCCUGAAGUUAACAUCUGAAUUUACUGGUGUUGAGGUCUCUUUUUUCUUCUGGCUGGAUAGAGUGGUGAGACGGAGGGAUCUAUGUUUUUACAUUCAUACGUACAGAAAGAAAGAAUGAAGAUUUAUGCCACUUGUUUACUGUUGAUUUGGGCUGAAACCGCUGCAGGAUAUGACAGGGUAACCCAAAAUCCACAAUGGAACUCGAUGUUGAUGACACCCACCCAAACUGCCUGCAAUUAUAACCAGCAUCAGUGUGGGGACGGAAGCUGCAUUCCCCAACGUUAUGUCUGUGAUGGAGGUCGUCCUGACUGCUCUGACGGAAGUGACGAGAGGAACUGCUAUGGAACGUGGGGCAGGAUAAGACCAACUUCAAGAUAUGACUGGGUAACCCAAAGUCCGAGGAGGUACUGGAUGAGACCCACUUCAAGAUAUGACUGGGCAACCCAAAGUCCGAGGAGGUACUGGUUGAGACCCACUUCAAGAUAUGACUGGGCAACCCAAAGUCCAAGGAGGUACUGGAUGAGACCCAAUGUCCCAAACCCACUGAUUAGAGUGUACAGACUUGAGGAUAGCCAUGUGGACGAAGUCAUAGUUUCCUGUCAACACCGCGUUACUGUUCGUCAAAACCGACUGCAGCUGAAAGUGAUGAUGGAAAAGAGAAGCUACACCCUGCAAUUCCCCGACUUCAGCAGUGGAACAGAACGCCUCUUCAAGAUCAUUGUGUCUUCACCUGCUUUCUUCACAUGUGUUGAGGAACUACCUAACAGAACUCUUCUAAGCGAUGUGUUCACCUUCCGUAAGCGUACGGACACUUCUGGCACACAGAUGUCUCCAUCCUACGAGGUCUAUGCAGGAUUCCUAGGGUUCAUGCUCAUCAUCAUGAUUUCUGUAGUGAUCAUGGCGACACUGUGGAAGAUACACAUAGAGAAACAACGGAACAACCUGACAUUCUGUGUCUCCGAAGACACUGUAAAAGUUUGAUCCUUUAAAACACGCUUUGUUUUUUUUUCUAUAUUCUUACAUGUAAAUGAUUAAGAAUUGUUUAGCGCUUCAUCUUUUAAUCACAUUUUUAAAUAUACAUACAUUAUACAUAUCCAUUAGGGCAAUGAAACAAGAUCAUGAUUAUAUGCCUGGGCCAGGUGCAUGUAGGAUGCAAGUGAGCUAAAAUAUUCUAUCACUAAAUUAAAUGCCACUGAUUAGCAUUACGUAUUUUUUAUGUUGUACUCAUAUCGUACAGAAGAUAUUGCAUAUACUUACAAGUGAAUGAAAGAGUACAAUGAUAGGCCUACAACUUGUUUGCAUGGCCAUGAUUCUGC